ACAACGCCAGCUGAUGCUUUUGAAGCUAGAACCUUUGAUAUCAGUGGCAGAAAGGACGAUAAGUAAACAGACUGUUUAGUUUAUUUUUUACUUUACUUUACUUUACUUUACUUUGCAGAUUUAAAAUGUCGGCUCAAGUUUUAGUUUCUAGACCGAGGUUUGACACCCAUGCUAUGUCCGGGGAACAGCACCCAAAAACAAAUGAAGUUGCAGUAAACACAGGGAUGUUUUCGUCUUCUGGAGUGGCUACUGCGGGAUACAGGACCGCUAAAUACACUACCGAAGAGUGGUUCCAGAACAACCAGUCGAAAUACUUCCAGGCAUUUGCAGACAGGGACAACGCUGAAAACAUCAGACACCAGUCUAAAAAAAUGUCCAGCGAAACGGAGGCGACCACGAUGAGAACUCAGUCCGAUUCCACUAAAAAACUGGGCGAGCGCUUGCAGGAUAUUUUUUUCUGGAAGUCUGAGUUGCAGCGGGAGAUCGAAGACUUGACAUCCGAGACUGACCUGCUUCUCGGGCAGAAAACGAGACUGGAGAAAGCGCUGGAUGCCACUGAAAUACCCCAAGCUAUAGCUACUGACAACCUGCAGUGCAGAGAAAGGCGUGUGGGAUCUGAUCUGGUUAAAGAUAGUGUGGAGGUCGAACUACUCAAUGAAUUAGAUCUUAUUCAAAGCAUUCAAGAACUUCUGAAAAGAACUUUAGAUCAAGCCAUCAACCAAAUAAGAUCAAACAGAGAAGCCAAACAGACCCUCGAGCUGGACUGGUCUGAUAAAUAUGAAGCUUACAACAUCGAUGACAAGUGUGGCCGAUACAGCAACCAAAGCACUGAUAUCCAGUAUCACAUGAACUCUGCCAAGUUUCAAGACCAUAUCUCCCACCCUGAAUCAUGGACUGAGUUUACGCGCCAAAAUAUUAGCAAUGCUGUACGUGAGCGGCUCACAUCCAUCGACCUCCGUGGUCUUAUUGAUAAAGUGAUUCAGGACACUGCAGACGACCUGCGGGAUCAGUGUGCUGCUGUGGACAGGGCUUUGGCCAAACGCUGCGAGGAGAUGAAUACAGCAAAGGUCAAAAUGGAGCAACACCUGGAUUCGAUCCUGAAUCAGAUAGGAGCUCAGGAAAAGAACAUAGUGGCUCUCCAUCAGGCAAUAAGGGAUAAAGAGGCCCCCAUGAAGGUUGCUCAGACAAGGCUGUACGACAGGUCAUUCCGGCCUAACAUGGAGCUCUGUAGGGACCAUGUACAGCUGAGGCUGGUGAAUGAAGUUGGUGAGAUUACAGAGUCCAUUGAAUCUCUGCAGCGCAAGUAUGAGGAGGCCAAGCAGUCUCUGAGUAACAUGGAGGACACCCGCAUGAUGCUGGAGAAGGAAAUCAGCAACAAAUUGCACAGCCUCUUCAUUGACCGAGAGAAAUGCAUGACCCAUCGCACACGCUACCCAACCGUCAUCCGACUGACGGGAUAUUAAUACUGAAAUCCUGGCAUUUCAAAUAAACAGCGUGGGGGACAAAACUAAAAAAAAAAGUUAUUUAUUUUUGUCUCCAACAUUCUUUUUAUUAUUUCACUUUAGUCCAUACAAAAAUAGAAAUGUAUAGUUCUGAUGUAAUUGUAACUAGCUGUAAUGCUAUGCCCCUAACUGAUUACAACCUUAUCUAUCAGUGUAUUAUCAGAGAUUCCGAUCCACAGAAGAAUCAAAUGGUUUCCUACACAGCUACAGUAAUACAGUAUCACACUUGUGAUAUUUUACAUCAAACAGAGAAGCCAAACAGACCGAAAAAGUCAGCUAAAAAGCAAAGUCAGUUUAAAAGCAAAAGGUUUGUCUUGCUUGCUGUUUACAUAACUGUAAAUCCAGGUUUAAAAAUUACACCCAAUACUUUUAAUAGCCUGUCUGCCACAUCGCAAUAUUGGCUGCCUUUUCAAAUGAGAUGUGAGGGAAACUGGUUCUGACUGUCUGUGGGCAGUGAAUGUGUAUCAGCAGGGGUUCCACAGAGAGCUGGAAGCAUUGGCUUUCAUUCCUUAAGGGUGUUGUGACAGGAGAUAAGCCCCUGUUGAAACAGUAAGGGUACAGCCCCCCCCCCCCCCCCCCCCCAUCUCCCAUCUCUUGUGAUUUUGAUUUAGUUUUAAAUCACAUUUUUAUGUAAAACGUAACAGUUAGAAAGCUGAUUAUACUCUUAUUUUGUACUGAAUAGUAAUAUGAUAUUUAGAUAUAAAGGCUACAAAUGGAAUCUAUUACCUACUUAUUAUAGAUUGAUCUGUUAUAGUUUCUCACAUACCCUAACUAUGGUAUACUUUUGUAUGGGAGCUCCCUUAUACUAUAGUCUACAACCCUACGUGUUUAAAAUGCAAACAUUUGUUUCCUGAUUUCAAUGUGCCGGAUCGCUUUGUUUGCAACUUCUAGGUGGUUCUUGCAGGGCAUCUUUUUUUUGACCUGACAGAAGAAUGAAGUGAGCUGUAAAAUAAAAAUUGCUCUUCCAUCGA